AAUUAUAUUGUUGAAUCUAAGGCGAAAAUACAAAAGAAAAUGGCUACUACAUUGGUGUCAUCAAAUUCUUGGACAAGAACCUUUUUCCCGAAAAACAAAACCAAGAUACUCAUACACCGUUACAAUUCCAAUUCCAGUUCCAAUUCCAAUUCGCCACUCUCAACAACAACAACAUUCAUGAACCACGACGCUGUUGUCUCCUUACAAGAAUGGCAAGGGUGGGGCACCACUUCACCUGUCCCAGCUAUGGUCACCCAAAUCGCUGAAGAUUUGAAGCUUCUUGAGAAAGAUUUCGAUUCUCAGAUGAAAUUUGGCCGCGCCGGUGGAAAGUUACAAGGGAAUUUUGGACAGCAGGAAGAUAAGAAGCACCGUGCAACUUAUAAGGCUUUAGCUGAUUCUGAAGAGAAGCUGAAAUUUUAUUCGGCUAGACAAAUAGCUUGUCGUGUACUUGGUAGCAAGGGCUAUCUUUGUCAGAAGUGCUGGCUUGCUAUGGAAGAUUGUAUGUGUUCGCAAAUUACAUCCUCUUUGCUCUUUCCUGGAAUAAAGUUUUGGUUGUAUAUGCAUCCCAAGGACUUUUUACGACAGAACAACACUGGAAAGAUUUUGUGGCAAGUUUUUGGGGUUGAUUGUGCAACUUUGUGCCUUUAUGGCAUUCCUGAACAUGAACAAAUCAUGUGGAAUUCCUUUAAACUGGCAGGAAGAAGUAAUGUGUGGUGCCUUUAUCCCAACAAGAAUGCCGUUUUGGAAUCAGUUGAAAAUGCAUUUGGUCAGGAACCAGUUGCAAAUAAUGAAGUAUCAUCAGAAAAGCAGUUAAAAGAAGAUACAACUCAGCAUUUUAUUUUGAUUGAUGGGACAUGGAGCAAUUCAGCGGCAAUGUUUAGGCGCCUUCAGGAUCAAGCAAAGUCAAUUUGGGGAGAUGAGGACCUUUCAUGUAUAUCACUAAAUCCUGGUACUUCUGCCAUGCAUAAACUCAGGCCCCAACCAUCUUGGGAUCGUACAUGUACAGCAGCCGCUGCUGCUGGCCUGCUCUUGGAGCUCCACCUACUUCCGAGGUUUAGCUCAGCUGAAUUGGAUAAACAGGCAGAAACAGUUGAACAUGCUUUAACAGUCCUAUUAGAAGCUCUCACAAAGAGACGUCUUCGAAUGGGAAGGUCCAUAACACGAAAAGUAAGGCCAAAUAACAUCUGUUAGAGAUCUAACCAAGUUUUUUCUGACAACUUAGUCAGCCUCUUGCAAUUUUUGAAAUGGGGUAAUUAUCAACCCUAAUGAGAAAUAGUGCACUAGAGUUAUGCAGACAAGAAUUUUCCUCCAUGUUAAUUUUUUACAGAGGCUUCAAGUUUCAAAGUUUAGUUGAAACAACGACUCACACAUUCUUCCUUUCAUUUACAACAUGAUUGAUGCUAUAUCCUCCAACACAAUCUUCCUAAUAACCACUUAGUACUAUAUGAAGUGACUAGUACUAAAUGAAAAAGGAAAUGCAUUUAAUAUGUUGGUAGCUUGGGUAGGAGGAUAUUUGAGAACAAUGUAUAUUUUUUCUUGCAAAUUUUGGAUAGUAAGUACACUUAUAAUGUAAUUCGGUACUUCAUGGAAUUUUGGAGUACAUCAGGCAUGGGGAAAAAACGAUUUUAAGAUUCUAUUUAUUGUGAUUUUUUUUUCUAUGACCACUGCUA